ACCCCGAGUGGCCCCGCCCCGAGUCGGCUCGCGCCACCCUGAUCCCCGCCGGGAAGCGCGGGCUCCCAGUCCUCGCGCAAGACUUAAAGCCGGCCGGUUGUGUUCUGGAAACCCACGGCUUUUGCUCGGAUGCGCGGAGGAAAGCCGACCUCCGGUCUACACUCUGAGCUGGGCUUGGACUCGGUGAGCUCGGCCGGAAGGUGCCUUCGAAGUGCAGCUGGGCUUGAAGGUGGCAUUUAAUAUUCACCGAGAGGAGUACACGGAGUAGCCGCAGGAGGCCUCUCAGGAAGCGCAGCGAAGGAUGCCAGGAUGGGAAAACCUUGACGUGCCCGCGUCCUCCCCCUGCACGGUGUUCCGUUCUUUCGCAGUCUCAGAAAAAAUGGCAUUAAAAGAAAGCAUUUUGUGAAAUCAGAGCCUUUUCCAUUUUCCCUGACCACAUGUAUUAAAAUGGACAUCUGUCCUACAAAAUACAAAGGUCUACGGUCUCGAAGAGGCAAGCGCCCAUUUAAAACUGCCCCUAAAUAAAAACAGACCUGAACGGACGUGAGAAUGUUUGUUAGUGGCAGGAGAGUUAAAAAAUGGCAGUUCAUGCAGCUAUUUGCCACAUGCUUUAUACUGAGCCUCAUGGUCUUCUGGAGGCCGAUCGAUGACCGCAUCGUGAGCCACAUGAAGUCCUACUCUUACAGGUACCUCAUAAACAGCUACAGCUUUGUGAACGACACCCUGUCUCUGAAGCACACCUCAGAUGGGGCCCGUUACCAGUACUUGAUCAACCAUGAGGACAAGUGUCAAGCACAAGACGUCCUCCUCCUACUGUUUGUGAAGACUGCUCCUGAAAACCACGGGCGACGUUCUGCCAUCCGAAAAACGUGGGGCAAUGAGAAGUACGUCCGGUCUCAGCUGAACGCCAACAUCAAAACUCUGUUUGCCUUAGGAGCGCCUAGCCCAUCUCAGGGAGAAGGACUGCAAAGAAAACUGGUGUGGGAAGAUCAACUGUAUAAUGACAUAAUUCAGCAAGACUUUGUUGACUCUUUCUACAAUCUCACUCUUAAAUUUCUUCUACAGUUCAGUUGGGCAAAUACUUUCUGUCCGCAUGCCAAGUUCCUUAUGACGGCUGACGAUGACAUAUUUAUUCACAUGCCAAAUCUCAUCGCGUACCUUCAAAGCUUAGAGCAAAUGGGCGUUCAGGACUUUUGGAUCGGCCGUGUUCAUCGUGGUGCCCCUCCUGUUAGAGAUAAAAGCAGCAAGUACUUCGUCUCCCACGAGAUGUACCAGUGGCCGGCUUACCCUGACUACACGGCCGGGGCUGCCUACAUCAUCUCCAGCGACGUGGCCGCCAAAAUCUACGAGGCUUCGCAGACGCUCAAUUCUAGCCUUUACAUAGACGACGUGUUCAUGGGCCUGUGUGCCAACAAGAUGCGGGUCGUACCCCAAGACCAUGUGUUUUUUUCUGGGGAAGGUAAAACUCCUUAUCACCCCUGCAUCUAUGACAAAAUGAUGACAUCUCAUGGACACGUACAAGACCUUCAGGACCUUUGGAAGGAUGCCACGGAUCCUAAAGUCAAAACUAUCUCGAAAGGGUUUUUUGGUCAACUCUACUGCAGGCUAAUUAAAAUAGUCCUGCUCUGCAGACUAACAUAUGUGGACACAUACCCGUGUAGGGCUGCGUUUGUCUAGCAGUACUUGAAUGCCGUAUGUCUUCACUGUCACUGAGCCGGAUCUGGACGGACACCUUCAACGUGUGUCCCCACUCUAAGUACAGUCAGUCUGAAAGACACUUUGCAAGCCGCCUAGCCGGGUGUUUCUUGGAUUCUAGGAACUCUUCAGUAUAACUCAUCUACUUCAUUGCCUGAAUUCAUUUCAAGGAACUCAUACUUAGGAAAGAUCUCUGUUACUCAUGGCAGUGGAAGUACAGGCGUGGUCAGGUUCCUUCUUAGUGCCACGUGUGGGCUGGAGGUGUAGAGCAGUUACUAAGAAGCCUUCGUGUUAGAAUAACUGCUUUUGGGAAUCCCAAGCGAUUGCGUAGUACAACACUUCAAAGGAGUUAAUACACUGUUAGACCCAGUACAUGAGUUUAUUUUUGAUAAAGAGCACUUGGCAGAGGUGAUGGGGCAGGGAAGGGCUGGCAUGGAAGAAAGCAUGAAUCUGGUAAAAGAACGCCUCUUGUUCUUAAGAGCAGGUAUAUGUGACGAUGCGUGUGGUUUCAUUAACCGCCGAAUCACUGUCAGGUCCGUGGAGCUAUUUCACCUAGAUAGUGUUAGUCACUUAAACUAUUUAUAUCUUUUUUCAGAGCUUAAUAUGAAAUCUGAGAAUCGUUAGCUCUGCCCAAACUGGUACUUUGUCUAUUUUUUAAUAUUAGAAAAUGACACCAAUUUGGGCAGUUUGUUGCCCUAGGAAGAAAUGAUUGUUAAUUCAAAUAAGCUGAUUUUAAUGUAAUGAAUUUUUCAGCUGAUUUUUAAAUAUUCAAUACUGGUCUGUAUUUAAGGUAGUUAUUUGCUAUAGUUUGCUUAGAAAAAUAUAAUUAGAGAGACUUAAAAAGAAAAAAAUAGAACAUUAAAACCUUUUUCUCCCAUAAUUUAUAAAAUGAAAAGUGUCUAACUCAUUGUGCUAAUUGCUAAAAUUAGCUCACCCCUCCCCGUCAGUGUGCCGGAGACCACAGUGCUCUGCUCCAGGUUCAGAGGUCUCUUUGUUUGUUUGUUGUUUGUUUUUUACGUUUUUGCCAUAGGGCACAUGCACUUGCCAGAGAGACAGCGAGACAGAAAGUGAGAAACCACCCCCCCCCGGGGGGAUGCCAUACCAC